CGCCACACGUGAGACACUGCCUCGCAGAAAAAAGGAUGUUUCGGAGCACCGGGGUCAUUAAAAGAGUGUAUUGCAAGUUAUCAUCACUUCUUUUACUUCACUAUCACAUCCAUCAAUCAUAUAACCAUGUUUAGAAAAGCACAACAAUCAGUAGCUCAUCAGAGUACAUUACCUUCAGGAUUCAAUCCGUUGGGUAAUCGUGAUUUAAGAUCUCUACAAGAAAUCAUUAAUUCAGAAAAGGAUUUCAUCAAAUCCAAUGCUAGAUCAGCACAAGAUUUUCAUAAGACUGCAGAAGCAAUCAAGAAUUGGUCAACAUCCGAAGGUGAAGAUUUAAACGAUGUUUUGGGAAAAUUAUCUUUGCUGUUUGAUUCUUAUGCCACUUCGCAAACCAGACUCAACGCUCACCUUUCUACUAUCAGACAACAUUUCAAAUCUGUCAGAACAAGGGAAGAGGCUUUGGCAGAUAUGAGAGCAAGAAAGAGAUCUUUAGGUUCAAAGAUUGAAGGCGUAGAGAAAAAAUUGGCAAAAAUGGGACCAGAAAAUAAAGAAUUGAUGAAAACAACUGCACAAUUGAAAGAAUUAAGAGGAGAGAUGGAAUCUUUGCGAGUGGAAGUACAAUCAGAAGAAGCAGCUAUUGGAGAUUACAAAAGAAGAACUGUAAAAGAAGCAAUGGGAAUCAAAUGCGGUGGCUUAUUGGAGCUUGCUGAAAAGUUGACAAUCAUUGCCGAAGUUGGAAAGAUGAUUAUCGAAGAGAUUCCUAUGGAACAGACGCAUCCAGGUAUGCCUCGUACAGACUAUGUUGGAGCAAUGCGAACGGAUCAAUUGCUACAAGAAGCAACUCGAGGCUUGGCAGACGUCGGCUUCACUCCUUCCGGAUCCUCUGCUGGAGUACAGAGACACGACUACGGUCAUCAAAUGAGGCCAAGCGAGAUUGAUGAUUCAAAUGGUGACUUCUACAACAGUGUGACAGGCAAUGGAAUGGAUGAUACAGGGGAGAUUAGCCGUGCAGGAUGGCAAGAGCAAGAACAUGAGCAAGAUCCAGCACAAGAAUCGUACGAUGAAGCUAAUAUGAACCGUUAUUCAGAGGACCGUCAAACGACUCCAAUCUACGCGCAACAUUCGUCUACCUUGAAUCACCCAACCAAUGAUCCGGCAAUGUCGCAAGUUUCUGCAACAGAUCAAUGGAGACAAUCAAAUAUGGAACAUCAAUCUUUCUCUGCACCUCAACCGAUCAGCAAGGCAUCCAGAACAUCAGGAACGUCAGGAACACCAAUUGCUGAUCAAUUCGCAUCAAGGUCACCCGAUAACGUACAAGUAGGCGCAUCGAAUUUGAGAAUCGUUGGUGGUAAUGAGUCCAAUGAAUCUCUCGAUCGAGCCGGAUCUGCAAAUGCAAUUCCACCUUCGAUCUCCUCUGCAGCCAUGUACACUUCUCCAAAUGGAGGUCAGCAUAACGCAUACGGUCCGGGUAUGUCUACUCCGCCAGCUUCUCAACAGUAUGCAACACCUGCUGAGGAAGCGACGAAUGACGACAACUACUUCCAAUCUGUCGGCUCUACCCGUGCUUUACAACAAUCUGUUCGUCGUCCAAUGUCUCCCGUUAGCGGUAUAAGCGGAAUGCCUGCUCCUUCGAUCGGAUCGCAUAUUCCUUCAAGUCCGUAUGAGCCACCGACGGAAGGACGCAAGAUGACAGCUGCUGCAUUCCGUAAAGGAUUUGGACGUGGACCAUCUUCGCAAUAUGCAGGCGGAAGUACAACAAGUCUUGGCUUAGCACAACCGGCUGGAGAUACGAGCGAUAGCACAGCACCUUUGGCGAUUCGUAAACGCUUUUCUGCCGUGCCAGGACAACUUGUAGAAGGAAGCUAUCAAGGGGAAGAUCAUCCACCUGCACCGCCAUAUGAUUCCCAUCAGUCUGUCUAUGGAGGUUUAGACCCGAGUGAUAUGGAGUAUGCAGUACCUUUACAGCCUCCUCAUCAACCUUGGAAUGGUUCUAGACCUAAUAGUAGGCCGGGAUCAGCAACGGGUUAUCGUGUCCCUCCGCCGCAACAGUAAUUAAUCGACAAAUUUCUUCUUUUCUUCUUCAUUUUGCUCCUCUCUUCUGUUUCUUUUUUGCCUUUGAAUGAUAUCCCCCUUUUUUCGAAAAUAAUCUGUAUGAAAAUGUUUAUUCUGCAAGCAUACCAAAUUUCAUUUCCUUUCGGAU